CGUGCAGGUGACGGGGCCCCCAUUGAUUUCAUCACCGUCGAUGACGUCACUGAUGACGUCACUGAUGACAUCACUGAUGACAUCACUGAGUCCAUUGGGACCAGGGACACCAGUAACACCAGUACCACCAGUAACACCAGUACCAGCAGUGCCUCCAGGAACACCAGUGGGACCGGGGACAGCAGGGCCAGCGCUGGGACCAGGGACACCAGUUCAACCAGUUCCACCAGUGACUCCAGUGCUCCCAGUGCCACCAGUGCUCCCAGUGGCACCAGUGACUCCAGUGCUCCCAGUAUCACCAGUUGUCCCAGUGCCACCAGUUUCACCAGCACCACCAAGGACUCAACUGCCACCAGUGCCCCCAGUUCCACCAGUGACUCCAGUGCUCCCAGUAUCACCAGUGGCACCAGUGACUCCAGUGCUCCCAGUAUCACCAGUGGCACCAGUGACUCCAGUACUCCCAGUAUCACCAGUGGCACCAGUGACACCAAUGACUCCAGUUCCACCAGUACCACCGGUGGCACCAGUUCCACCAGUACCACCAGUGCCACCAGUGACUCCAGUGCUCCCAGUGCCACCAGUUUCACCAGCACCAAGAACUCAACUGCCACCAGUGCUCCCAGUUCCACCAGUGCCACCAGUUCCACCAGUGGCACCAGUUCCACCAGUGACUCCAGUGGUACCAGUGGCACCAGCGCUCCCAGUUCCACCAGUGCUCCCAGUUCCACCAGUUCCACCAGUGCCCGCAGUCCCAGCG